AUGGCCGAGAAGUACGACCUGACGCAGACCCUGCUGCCUUACCUCGACAGGCAUCUCGGUCUGCCGCUCCUCUCGCACCUUGCUGGCUCCGGCAUCUUUUCGGAAACCGACAUCGCCAAGGCCCAGUAUGAGCUCGCAAAGAACACGUCGAUGGUCGACUAUGCGCUCCAGCUUCACGAGCAGGCCUACCCCAACCAGCCGGCACCCGCAGAGAUUGAGAAGCAGCGUGAGAACGCCAUCGCUCUCAACGACAAGCUUGGCUCUGAGGUCGACCACGUACUCAACGUCAUUCAGGACCCCAGCGUCGCCUCGGCGCUCAAGCAGGACAAGACGCAGAAUCUGCAAUGGCUCGAGGAGAAGUACAACCUCACCAGCGAGCAGAUCAACGCCCUCUACCGAUACGGCUACUUCCAGUUCAACUGUGGUAACUACGGCGAUGCCUCGUCAUACCUCUACCACUUCCGCGUCCUUUCGACCGACCCUGUGCUCACCAUGAGCUCGCACUGGGGUAAGCUCGCCAGCGACAUCCUCGUGGGAGAGUGGGAGCAGGCUCUCGACGAGCUCAAGCUGCUGCGAGAGCAGAUCGACUCUUCGGCCGCGCAUGCCGUCGCCUCGUACGCCCAGCCUUCGACCUCCAACGGCACCGCACAGAACGACGACUUGACCCAGGAGGGCUUGUUGAAGAAGCGCGCAUGGCUGUUGCACUGGGCGCUCUUCAUCUUCUUCAACCACCCAUCGGGCCGCGAGCAGCUCGUCGAGAUGUUCCUUUCGCCCGUCUACCUCAACACCAUCCAGACCACCUGCUGGUGGCUGCUCCGAUACGUCGUUGCCGCGCUGCUGCUCUCGCGUCGCACAACGCGCGUCUACAUGGUGCAGCAGCCCGCUCCCGCUACGCUCAUGGCCUCGGCAUCGGGUGCCAACGUCAGCAAGCUCAGCCCGCAGCAGGCGAUCAAGGACGUGGUCAACAUCAUCGACUCCGAGUCGUACCGUCUUGCCGGCACCGACCCCAUCGUCGACUUCCUUUCCAAGCUGUUCGUCGACUUUGACUUUGAAUCGGCGCAGGAGCAGCUGACCCUGCUCGAGCAGGUCGCCGCCAAGGACUUCUUCCUGGCCGACUACAAGGAGGAGCUCGUGGAGGCAUGCCGUGUGGUGAUUUCGGAGGCAUACUGUCGCAUCCACUCCAAGGUGGACAUUGCCGACCUCGUGCAGCGACUCAACCUGUCCAAGGAGGACGGCGAGAAGUGGAUUGUCAACCUGGUGCGCGACACGCGCGCCGAUGCCAAGAUCGACUUCAAGGAGGGCAUGGUGUUCAUGAACCCCACGCACCCGCCCGUCUACCAGACCAUUAUCGAGAAGACGCGAGGCUUCACCUUCCGCACCUCGGCCAUGGGCACGGCGAUCGACCGCAAGGCGCACCCGCCCUCGCUCAACAACACACACAACCUCAACGGCAACGACAAGCGCGGCGGCGCCGGCGGCCGGGGCGGUCGCGGCGGCCAGCGCAACCAGGGUGGUCAGCGCGACCGAUCGCACGCCAACAAGAACGAGUCGAAGCCCGAUGGCGAGGCGGCACCGGCUGCCGAGGCGCAGCAGCCUUCGCAACCCAUCGCUGCGGCCUAA